UGGGGUUGGGGAUAUACGUUUGCUUCCCCCUUUCGGGAUGUCUCCUGUCUAUGUAUCUCCGUCCAGGGACUUGUUAUUUGUUGUUGCUUCAACGUCGCACGUCUGUCAGCGAAUGAGUUUCUCGCUGCAGAUGGUCCUCUACAUGGGCAUUGUGGUCUACGCCCCGGCCUUGGCCCUGGAAGCUGUGACCGGACUGAACCAGGUAUUCUCCAUCGUGAUCGUGGGAGUAGUCUGUACCUUCUACGCGACGCUUGGCGGAAUGAAAGCCGUUCUCAUCACGGACAUCUACCAAUCGCUCCUCAUGUUCGCCUCGGUCUUUUGCGUGAUCAUCUGCGCCUGGGUGAAGGCGGGCAGCCUGGAGACGAUAUGGCGUGUGGCGCAGGAGAACGGUCGCAUCAAUUUCACCAACUUUAGUGUGGAUCCCACGGAGCGGCACACUUGGUUCACCCAGAUCCUGGGCGGAAGUGCCACCUACCUGGCCAUCUAUGGGGUCAACCAAACGCAGGUCCAGCGCCUGAUGGCAGUGAGGAGUUUGAGUGCGGCUCGUGCGGCCCUGUGGUGGUGCCUGCCCAUUCUGUGCCUGCUGAGCGUAAGCACCUGCUUCUCCGGGCUGUGCAUUUACUGGUACUACCGCGACUGCGAUCCGCUGUUGGAGGGUCGGGUCAACUCGCGCGACCAGGUUAUGCCCCUCUUCGUCGUGGACACGAUGGGCGAGUACACCGGCCUCGCAGGGCUCUUCGUCUCGGGGAUCUUCUGUGCCAGUCUAUCAACGAUUAGCUCGAUAAUCAGCUCACUGGCGGCUGUCACCCUGGAGGACUACCUCAAGCCUUUGGUUAGCUGCUGCGCCAAACGCACGCUCACGGAUCGCCAGACUUUGUGGUACUCCAAGUUGCUGUCGCUAUUCUUCGGAGCCCUCUGCAUUGGCAUGGCCUUCAUGGCGGGCUCGAUUGGAGGACUCCUGCAGGCGGCACUCUCAAUCUUCGGCAUCAUUGGCGGCCCUCUCCUGGGACUCUUCACGCUGGGCAUGUACGUGACCAAGGCCAACGAGAAGGGAGCCAUCGGAGGACUGCUCAUCUCGCUGGUGUUUUGCUUUUGGAUCGGUUUCGGCCAACCAAAGCCCCCACUGGUUAGCUUGGACAUGUCCACGGCGGGCUGUCCCAUUAAUAGAAGCUAUACUCGCGACAUUUUCCUCCAAGCUGCAACAGCGAAGGUUGAGGAUGAGCACUUCUUUUACCUGUACAGGAUCAGCUACAUGUGGUACGCUGCCCUGGGCUUCGUGAUUGCCUUUUUCGGCGGCUGGCUCUUGUCCUGGCUGUUCGCCGUCCUCAAUUGGGACAACAACCGGCGCAUCUACCAGGAUGCGGACUGUAAACUGAUCAAGCACGAUCUCUUCGUGCCGCCGCUGGCCAAACGCCUGCAACGGCGACAGAUGCCGCUCCUGGUGGUCACCGGCACCAGCUCGGAGAUAGGCGGCAUCUCGGUGGAGACUGCAUCAGCCCCGCCGCGGCUGGACGAGAUCGAGUGGGAGAAACACAAGGCUGUGGCGUAGCUUAACAGACACUUUUAAGAGCUUAAAAACGCUGUUCGCAGCGUUUUAUUUGGCGCCGUUUUGAUUUUUGUUCUUCAUACUUACUUUGCAAGUUUCAUUCAGCUGACUUAGCUUUAUAUUGGGUCGCCCCAUCAAGUAGCGGCCUUAAAAAGAAAUCAUUUCAAAUAAGA